CCAAGACGGUCCAAACUCAACACCCUAGAAAGUAUUCUUCAAAAUAUUUUCAGACCUUCAAAUUAUUUUCAGACCUACCCUCGUUCUUUAAUCCAAGCAUGGCUGGUUUGGUGCGUAUCUCAGCUUCGUCGUUCGGCUAUGGGGGAAGGUGGAUAGAAAAUUAAACCAGAAAUGACCAUACAGUUUCUGAAGCUUCCCUUCACCAUAACCCGCGGGUUGGGUAGUGACAGAACCUUUCUUUUCUUCUCUCAAUCUAAAACUCUGGAGCUCACUGUGAGAUGUGUCACUGUUCAAAUUCCAAGUUCCUUCCGGAGCUAUGCUGCUGCAAAAUCAGAAAAGCUUCAACCGAUGAAGAAGAAAAGGAGGCUGGAUGAGAUAUGUCUUGAAAGAUUUCAGCAGUACAGUCGAUCUUUUAUCCAAUCAUGGAUUUUACAAGGCAAAGUAUAUGUGGAUGGAAAGGUGAUACAUAAAGCAGGGACCCCGGUGUCUGACAAAGCUGUUGUGGAGAUCAAGGCUGAAAUUCCCAAAUAUGUAUGUAGAGCUGGAUAUAAGUUAGAAGCUGCAAUUGAGCAGCUCAGUGUUGAUGUUGCUGGUAAAGUAGCUCUUGAUUCUGGGUUGUCAACUGGCGGAUUUACUGAUUGCUUACUUCAGUAUGGUGCAUCCUUUGUUUAUGGAGUUGACGUAGGUUAUGGGCAGGUAGCUGACAAAAUUCGUCUAGAUGAGCGAGUUUCUGUGAUAGAAAGGACAAAUCUAAGAUAUCUUUCAGAACUCCCCCAAAAGGUUGAUUUGGUGACGUUAGACCUUUCAUUCAUAUCUAUUCUCUUGGUCAUGCCUGCUGUGGUUAAUGUCAUGAAGGAAGAUGCGGCAUUGAUAACUUUAGUUAAACCGCAAUUUGAAGCUCACAGAUCACAAGUAGGAAGAGGGGGGAUAGUGAAAGAUCCUGCUGUCCAUCAAGAGGUUCUUGAGAAGAUUAUAAAGGGCGUAGAGAUGCUUGGUUUCUGCAGUAAAGGUUGGAUAGAGUCCCCUCUCAAAGGUGCUGAGGGUAAUACAGAAUUCCUUGUUCACUUUGUCAGAUCAUCCCCCAAUGAAGUUUCAUAAGAUGAAAAGAUGUGGACUUUAUGCUUAGAUUCAACCUCAGGCAGAUUUUAGCGAGAAUUACAAUUAGGUCCAAAUAAGAAAAUUAAUUAUCUCUUCAAUCUAUUUAUGAGUUGAACUUCUAUAUUUACAUGUUAAACAUCAAUAUUUACAAGUGAACGAGACUUGUAAAUAAAUUUUUUUUUUUAUUAGGGACCUAUAUGUGAUUCUCCCAAGAUUUUACCAAUUUUGGAAGAUUUGGUUUGAGGGAGAGGAGAUUUAUGUUCUUUGUACAGUGAUCAUUUUUUCUCCUUAUACUUAGGUUCAACUUGUUCGAUGGAAUCAUAUAAUACGAUGUAUGAUUAUUCCACCUCAA